GCUUGUUUUGUUUACCAAAACGACGACGGUAUUCAGCGUAGUCGGACCGUUUUGUACAAAUUAAUAUUUUAUCGGUGAUAAUCCAGCAAAAGUGACCGCAAAUGGCAUCGAACGUAAUGAUUCGGUUAGCCUCUGACCGGGCCAAUCUGUCGCUGAUGUCCGGCGACAGUAAUCCGCGUCUUUUCACUCCCGGAGAGGUCAUCACAUCGCAGCAAGGUUUCAUGCGUGGCCACGGCACCUACAUGGAGGAUGAGGACAUUAAAUCCUCCGUAGCCGGUGUGAUGGUUCAGGUGAACAAACUCAUCACUGUGAAAGCGCUGAAAGGUCGCUACGUCGGCGAAAUCGGCGACGUAAUAGUGGCUCGUGUAACAGAUGUUCAGCAGAAGCGCUGGAAGGUGGAUACCAACUCGCGACUGGAUUCGGUUCUGCUGUUGUCCUCGGUCAAUCUUCCUGGUGGUGAACUUCGACGGAGAGGAGUGGAAGACGAGCAGCAAAUGCGCAAAUAUCUUCAAGAGGGCGAUCUUAUUUCCGCCGAAGUGCAAAAUGUCCACUCGGAUGGGGUGUUGUCGUUGCACACCAGGAGUUUGAAAUACGGCAAACUGGGACAGGGAAUCCUGGUUAAGGUGUUCCCUUCUUUGAUCAAACGCCGGAAGACCCAUUUCCAUAACCUACCUUGCGGAGCUUCAGUCAUUCUGGGAAACAAUGGCUUUAUCUGGAUAUCGCCAAUUGUUAAUACGGAAGGCGAAGAGGGAGGCGGCUUCACACAAAAUCUGGAAGAAUCAAUUUCCAAACAGGAUCGCGAGGUCAUUUCACGAUUGCGGAACUGUAUUCUGGCGUUGGCUAACUGUAAAAUGUUGCUGUACGACACCAGUAUACUGUAUGCCUAUGAGGAAUCGCUCAAGUACGAAGUGCACGAGCUGCUGCAUCAGGAAGCAAUGUUCGAUAUUGCCUUUUUAACACAGCAUAAGUUGAGGUUGCAGGAGUAAAUUACAUAUACUGUCUUUACAAAUAAAUACUUUACUAAUUAGA